GUAGGCGAACGGCCUUACAAAUGCCACCUACCAGACUGCGGACGGGCGUUCAUCCAGCUGUCAAACCUACAGCAGCACCUCAGGAACCACGACGCGCAGGUGGAACGCGCCAAGAACAGACCCUUCCACUGCAACAUCUGCGGCAAAGGGUUCGCAACCGAGAGCAGUCUCAGAACACACACCGCCAAGGAGCUUCAGCUGCACCUUGGUGUUUUGCAGCAACACGCCGCCCUCAUGAUAGGUGGCGCGACCGCCACACCUUGCCCCAUAUGCCACAAAGUUGUGUUCGGUGGCGAAGCUCUUGUAGAACACAUGAAGAACACCCACAAGGACCCCAACGCUUCCGGUGUUGCCAGCCCCCCUGCUACGUCACCGUACCCAACUCAAGCUAAACCAACUGAUCCUUAUAUAGCCAAGCGGAGGACGGCGAACCACCCGUGUCCAGUCUGCGGGAAGCAUUAUGUCAACGAAGGGUCGUUGAGGAAGCAUCUGGCGUGCCAUCCUGAGACUCAGCUGACCAGCGGUUUGAGGAUGUGGCCGUGCUCGGUUUGCCAGGCCGUGUUUACCCAUGAAAGUGGCCUCCUAUCUCACAUGGAGCACAUGAGAAUGGAACCCAAACACCAGUUCGCCGCGCAGUACGUUCUCUCACGAGCAGCGGCGGAGAGACGCGAACGGGACCUGCUCGCAGCAGUGUCGGCCUCUGCCGGGGGCUCCGGGCUGUUGAACCUCGCGCCCCCCUCCCCCGCGCACUCUGACUCCUCCUCCAACGGGCGCCUGUCCUCCUCCGCCGGCUCGGAGGCGGGCGCCGCCGUCAACAAGCUCAGCGACCUGCUGCGGUCAGCCAACAAUGGACACCAAGCGUACGGGGACGAGAGAGUCGCCGCCAUUGCCGCAGCCGCCGCCAAUAUGAUGGCACAGCCUGGAGAAGGCGCGAACGCUGUACAAGUAGCUGCCGCCAACCUAGUCUCUGCGAUGAGACAGCAACUCGCCAGAGAACCUCCCCCCGCACAGCCGCCUGCCGAGACCCCGCCCGCGCCAACCGAAGCGGCUCUCAGAAUCCAACAAGCCGAGGCACUCCUGAGAAGCCAGGCCGAAGCGCUACGACUGGCAGUCUCCCAAGCUGCCCAAGCACAUGGAAAUGACGCGACAAGCCCGUUGAGACACAACGGUGGCUUCCCCCCGCAGGCACCGAACGAUGCCAGCGGACAACUCUCACCUGAACUAGUUGAGGCAUUUAGAAUCGCACAAGAACAGAGAUUAGAACAGGCAUUGAGAUUGCACGACCCAAGAAUGUUGGGCUUUAACCUUCCAUCGCCCGUACAACAGGCCGCGCAGCAGGCAGCGCAACAAGCGGCGCAGCAAGCCGUCGCGGCACAACAGGCGGCGGCGGCGCAACAAGCCGCACAGCAGGUGGCCCAGCAAGCCGCCCAGGCCGCACAAGCCGCGCAGGCCGCCCAGCAAGCCGCCCAGCAGGCGGCCCAGCAGGCCGUCCAGCAGCAGCACAUGCAGCACGCGGCGCAGGCCGCGCAAGCCGCGCAGGCGGCACAGGCCGCGCAACAAGCCGCCCAGCAAGCUGUCCACCUCCAGCAGAAUCCUCAGCCAUGAAAAUUCAGCUAUUACUAAUCCGACGCGAUUUCGACGCAAUAAUAAAAUUUAUCUAGUUCGUAAGGGUCAGAUGCAAAAAUAGUUUUUUCGUAUUUUUAGGAGGUAACAAAAAUGAAAAGUGUUAUUUGAACGGAGCGUGGGUGAAAUCGCCUCUGAUUAGUAAUUUGUGUUAUUGUUUUCACAGAGUUAGUUUGGAAUCAAAAAUGUAAAUGUUUUGUUGUAUGUUGACCGCAAAAGUAUACAGAUAUGUUAAUAACAAUACGCAUUAGAUAGUACUAACUGUUGUAAAUACGAGAACGUUUAGAAAAAAACAAAAUUUUAAUGUAAAUAAUGGAAAAAGUACCUUUAACUUAGUCGAAUGUUUGAACAAAAAUGGAACAAAACUCGCCCGAGCAAUCAAUUAGACAUAGUGAAAGACGACAAAUAAUAUUGAGUGCAAUCCAGGUGUUUAUGAUUAUGUUUUCAGUAGAGGUGACGUAUAUAUGUUAUAUUUAUUGUAUUAGUUAUUAUCACGGAGCUGCGAGUUUAGCUAAACAGUUUUGGAUGUGCCAAAAUGUUUUAACACAUUUAUUUGUAACGCAUUUAGUGACGCUGCAAUAUUUAGUUGCGUAAACUUCCUUAGAUUACAAAUAUUGUAGGAAAUCUUGUUCAUUUAACGUUAUAUAUUUUCGCGCAAUAACAAAUCUUAUGCUAGUCACGUUUCGAACGCACAAAUUGUCUUUAUACAUUUGAGAAACGUUUCAUUUAUUAUUGUUUCAUUCAAAAUCGUUUCAUUUCUUUCGCAAUAUCUUUUAAUACAAAUGCCAUAUUAGAUAAUAAAUAUGUAAAUAUUAGAUAUAUUAAGUACCGUUGAUGCUUUUGUUUCAAUAACAAAUUUAUUUUAUGUUUAUUUUUAUUUUCAUUUA